UUUUUGCUUGAUUCCCCGCCCCCUCACUGGAUUGUGGCAGCUCUGCAGGGAGAGGAGGGGCACACCCAGGGUCCACCCUCCCACUGCCACUUUUAGGAAGUGUUGGCUGGAGAACAGAGUUAGGGGCCCCCCUUAGUUUUUCCCCAUCUGUUUGGCAAACACAGUGACAGCUCCAAGGAGAUGACCCAGGGGUCAUCAGGCCCAGCGGCUAGAAUGUCCCUUCUUCCAGCUCAGAGCCCAGAGCCACCAGCUGGGUCUUUCUCCAUCCCCUACCAGCAUGACACUGUGAUCCCUGCUUCAGCGGCAGGUAAAAGGAAAACAGCCCAGAGAGGCUGGGGCAGUCACUCCUUUGCUCAUCUGCAGACCCAGCCACAUAGCCCACUCUGCACACAGGCUCUCGGUCUCAGUUCGAAUUCACUUCCUGGCUCUGUGGCAUCAGGCAUGGGAUGCCUCCGCCAGGAAGCCACCAUGGGUGGCCUGAGCCCACUGGGCCUGGCUCUCCCUCCUAGGGUGCCCCCAGUUCUGUUGGUGCUUUGUCUUGGUCUGCAUUUUGGCCCUUUCUCAAAGACAGUCCCUUCUGGAGAGUGACUUGUCCCCUCCCUGCUCAGGACAGACCCUGCUCCUCUCUGACUGGACAAUUGCUAAGCUAACACCUGUUGAGCACCUGCUGGGUAUUAGGCACUGGGGUAAACAGGUCAUAUGUGUUACCUCAUUUCACACUCACAACUACCCUAUGAGUUGGCCCACUUAGCCAAACAUUUAUUAAGUGCUGACUGUGUGCCAGGUACUGUUCUAUUGCUGGGGACACAAAGAAGGAGGUAACUGUGUGGGUGUCUGAGGAAGAGUGCUAUAGGUAGAGGGCAUAGCUCAUGCGAAGGCCCUGAGGCAGGACCAUGACUGGAGAUUUGGAGGAACAGCAAGAAGGCCCCUGUGGCUGGAGUGAUCAAGGGGGCGAGGGCCAGAGGAGUUGAGGCAGAGGGGAAGCAGAAUAUUGUGGGUCAUGGUGAGGAGUCUGGAGGGGAAACUGAGGCCAAGGCAUCCCAGUAGAGCAGAGAUUUGAACCAUGCCCAUCUCAUGGAUGGAUAGAGGCCAAGAAGGCAUAUAGGCCAUGUCUCAGAGCACAGGAUGGCCCAUGAAUUACUCAGCCUGGUGGGGGCAGGUGCCGUGGGCAGAGCGGCCUAGCUGAGAGCAGGGGAAAGGUGCUGGGCCUCAGGCCCACGCUCUGCCGGGUAGGCAGACACGUGACAUCCCAGCGCCCUCCCCCGGCCCGCUGGCCAGCUGCCUCUACUGGCCAGGCCCACAACCGCCCCUGACCCUAUAAGGCCCGGGAGCUGAAAGCUGAGCCGGCUGCCAGCUGCGGCACCAGUCACUCCAAAGGACCCUCACGCAAUCUAGCUGCUUAGAGUAUUGCCAUGUCUGCUCAAGAGGAAGGAGGCCAGGCGCCCUCCAAACCCAAGGGCAAGACCCUGGGCAGCUUCUUGGGGUCACUGCCUGGCUUCAGUUCUGCCCGGAACCUGAUGGCCAAUGCCCACAGCUCAAUGAGAGAGGCCCAGCCCGUCACCGAUCCGACAAGUGCUCCCACCCUGCAGGCCGCUCAGCCCCAGGCUCAGGCAGCCACUGACCCAGAGCAGACGGCCAGAGGGGUGGAGAAGUUGCCGCUGUCUUCAGACAAGAUGAUCUCCGGGGCAAAGGACCUGGUGUCCUCCACGAUGACCAAGACCAAAGAUGCUAUCUCCUCUGGGGUGGCCAACGUGAUGGACUCAGCCAAAGGCAUGGUCCAGGGUGGUCUUGGCAUUACCCAAUCUGCGCUCACGGGAAACAAGAAGGCUGUGGCCAGUGGGGUCACGGGGGCAGUGGGCAUUGCCAAAGGGGCCGUUCAGACUGGUGUGGACACCAAUAAGGGUGUGCUGACUGGCACCAAAGACACUGUCUACACUGGAGUGACCGAAGCUGUGAGCAUGGCCACAGGAGCUGUCCAGGGGGGACUGGACACCUCAAAAGCUGUACUCACAGGCAGCAAAGACACCGUGACCACCGGACUCACCGGGGCAUUGGGUGUAGCCAAGGUGUCCACUGGGAUAACCGGAGCACUGGGUGUGGCCAAGGGCACUGUCCAGACUGGGAUGGACACCUCCAAGACGGUUCUGAGUGGCACCAAAGACACCAUGUCCACUGGACUCUCCGGGGCUAUCGGUGUGGCCAAGGGUGCUCUCCAGACUGGCAUGGACACCUCCAAGAAGGCUCUGAUUGGCACCAAAGACACAAUGUCCACUGGACUCUCUGGGGCAUUGGGUGUGGCCAAGGGCGCUGUCCAGACUGGCAUGGAUACUACCAAGGCCGUCCUGACCGGCACCAGAGACUCCAUGUCCUCUGGGGUCACCGGGGCAUUGGGUGUGGCCAAGGGCACCAUCCAGAUAGGUAUGGAUACCACCAAAGUUGCUAUGACUAGCACCAAAGACACUGUGUCCACUGGGCUCACUGGAGCAUUGGGUGUGUCCAUGGGAGCCAUCCAGACUGGCACGGACACCUCCAAGACCAUAUUGACCUGUACCAAAGACACCGUGUCCACUGGACUCUCCGGGGCAUUAGGUGUGGCCAAGGGCACCGUCCAGACUGGGAUGGACACCACCAAAACAGUUCUGACUGGGACCAAAGACAUUGUGUCCACUGGGCUCACUGGGGCUAUGGGUGUGGCCAAAGGUGCCAUCCAGUUAGGUAUGGACACCUCCAAGACCUUACUGACCGGUACCAAAGACAUAGUGUCCACUGGGCUCAAUGGAGCAAUGGGCGUGGCCAACGACGCCAUCCAGCUAGGUGUGGACACUUCCAAGGUUGUUCUGACUGGCAACAAAGAUACAGUGUCCACUGGGCUCACCGGGGCAUUGGGUGUGGCCAAAGGGGCUAUGCAGUCUGGUCUGGGCACCAUCCAGAAUUGGUUACCUGGUACCGAAAACACCUCCUGGGGUGGACUCAUCCAUGACAGGGCCCCAGACAAAUGUGGGAAACAAACUCUCCCAAAUCCUCCAGAGGCUCCAGAUACUCUCUGUGCAGGCCUGGACCUUGUUUCUGCUGUGGCACCAUUCACGCAAGGGGCUGCCCUGGGCAAGGAAGAUGCAGGGCCCAUGGCCACCCCAAGCAGCCAUGAAGGAGCCAUGGUCUUUGUGACACUCCGGGACGAGCUGGAGGAGCUGGGUGAGAUCUUCCACCCCAUGAGUGCUGAGGAGCAAGCUCAGCUGGCGGCCUCUCAGCCUGGGCCCAAGGUGCCCGCGGCCGACCAGAGCAGGUACUUCGUGCGUCUAGGCGACCUGGCCCCUGGCUUCCGCCAGCGGGCUUUUGAGCAUGCCCUGAGCCACCUGCAGCACAGCCAGUUCCAGGCCAGGGAUGCUCUGGCCCAGCUCGAGGACUCUUUCAGGCUGAUUGAAAAGGCUGAGCAGUAUCCAGAAGGGCAGCAGCAGCCAUGUCCGGGCCUGAGCAGUGGAGCAGACAACACUGGUACCCGAGAGGUGCCCGAUGCAGAGGCUCUGUCCAGGGCCUGUGGCCUUAUCCAGCAGCUCCACAUGGCCUACAGCAACCUGGCCUCUGGCCUCCAGGGCCUCCCUGCCGAGCUCCAGCAGCGGAUCGGGCGGGCACGGCACAGCCUCUGUGAGCUCUACGGCCUCAUGUCCUCUGCCAGCUCCAUCUCAGAACUGCCGGCCGAACACCUGGCCCAGAGCCGGGGUGGCGUAGGCCAGGCCUGGCGAGGGCUGGAACAGCUGCUGGAGAGUGUGCAGCACAGCCCCCCACUCAGCUGGCUGGUGGGGCCCUUUGCCCUGCAGCCCGGUGGGCAGCAGCUGUAGGUCCCCGUUGGAGCCUCCCCAGACCCAACUCCCCGAAGCUCUGGGCCCUGCUGGCUGGUGCUGGUCAUGGCACCAAGGUCUUUCUCUGGGCCUGCACUGUCCACCUUUCUUUCCCAGCAAGACUGGCCCUGCUCCUGGCCUGGAGACCAGGGUUGCUAAGACCGAUGACAGAGGGCCUUCACUUGAAGAUUCUGAGAAAGCACUCCAGUCAGGAAAGAGAAGUGGAAUGUGCCUAAGUUUAGAAGGUUCUCCAUUCAGCAGCCCCCACUAGGAGCCCCUCUCUUUGGGGAAGGGGGACCUUCUGCCCCACCAUCCUGCCUUUUCUGCUCACCCACCUGCCUGCCCCAGCAGGGUUGAUCCUAGAGAGAAUCCCAGGGCUAAGGUUCUGCGGUCCCUGAGACACCUGGGCCCAGAGGCUGCCAAUGGCGGAACAAAUGGGCUUCCCCACAGGGAACAAGGCCCUAGGGCAACGGUUCUCAACCUUUCACAGGGGUUGCCUAAGACCAUCGGAAAACACAUAUUUUCGAUGGUCUUAGGAACCGAG